GAUUCAAUUCUUGUUUCUUCUCAUUUCGUUUGUUUUUAUGAUUUGGAGAUUAAAUGUAAAAUAAUAUAAUAGUUAAUAUAAUAGAUAACUGUAAAUAAAAAAUAGUUGAUUGUCAUAGAGAAAAAAAUGAAAGAGCUAACAUUUGCUCUUAUUAAACCGCAUAUUGUAAAAAAUUCAAUUGUUGUAGAACGAAUUAUGAACGUAAUCAAUGAAAAAUUUAAGAUUCUGGAAAUAAAAAAAGUUCAUAUGGAUGAUCAAAUGGCGUGUCAAUUUUAUGAAGAACAUGUUGGGAAAUUUUAUUUUGACCGGUUAAUGAAAUUAAUGUGCAGUGGACCUACCCUUGCGUUAAUAUUGGAAGGAAAUAAUAGUAUCAAAAUUUGGAGAGAAAUAAUGGGUCCUACAAAGGUAUACAAAAGUGUACAUACACAUCCUAAUACUCUCAGAAGUCUGUACGGAAUAUCUGAUACAAGGAAUGUUUGUCAUGGAUCUGAUAGUGCCGAAUCUGUUAAAAGGGAGAUUUCAAUUAUGUUUCCUAAAUUUGGAUACGACAAAUAUAUAAACAGUUGAAAUUCAGGGUUUUUAAUUAAGAAAUUAAAAAAUUAAGAAUUUACACAACAAUAUAAAUUUUUUGUCUUUGAGCUGUAUAUCUCAAGUAGGUUGAUAUUUUCGUCCAAAAUAUAUAUUGUCAUUAAUCCUUUUAAUGAAUUUAGAAUAUUUUUUAAAUUGAUCUAAAUUUUUUUAAUUCUUAGGAUGAUAAUUUGUGAUAGUUUAAGUUUAAAUUUAGUUUUAACUCUACAUAUACAUUACUUUUGUUAUUUUUAGUUAAAUUAUACAUAUUUCACACAAUUUGAUUGAGAACUUUGAAGUUAAUGUGUACAUAUAUAUUAUGUAAAAAUAAUUAGCAAAAUAAUACUACAAAUCUUAAGAUGAAACAAACUUUUUGAAAUACUGAUUUUAAAUGUUAACUAAGAGUAAAGAGUAAAAGUUAAAAAAAUUUAUUAAAAGUUUUUAAAACAAAAUAAAUAAUUGAUUAGCCGCAAAAUUAAUAUAUAACUGUCACAAGUUGCUUCUUGUAAGAAUAUGUAAAUAGAUAUAUUUGCUUGUAUACAAUGGUAAAUCAAUGGCAGGCAAAUGAUUAUAUACAUACAUACUUUAACUUAUUUUUUUAUAGUAUGUAUAUAGAGGCACAUGUAAAACUAAUUGUAUUUAUUUUAAAGUAAUUGAAUAAACUGUUUGUUUUUAUGAAAAUUAUAAAACGAUGGGUAAAUAUACGUUAUAUCUUAAAGUAAAAUUUCCUUUAUCACAUUUUAUGUAUUGGGUUGAGUAUCCGGGAUUAAUAAAAAUAAAAGUCAAUAUAGUUUUCCAAAAUACAUAUUAUGUAUGUGUAUACAUAAAUCAUAGUGUAUUACGAUUAUACAUGUCUCCAUUUAGGUACAAUAUGCUUUACCCUGAUAUAUAAUUGAAGUAUAACAAUAUAGUUAUAAUUUAUGUAUAUAUAGUAUAACAAUAUAGUUAUGCUAUUAGAUAAUUACUAAGUGAACUACUACGUUCGAAUUCGUUUCUACGUUUUUCUUCCAUAAGAAACUAGAAAAGAAGCAGUAGGACUUAGCGAACACGUUUUUUUCGGUUUGUGACAUUCUAUUUUAUUUGACGAAACCAAAGAAAAGAAAAUACUGUUAAGAGGGGAUAAAGAAAAAUUUUAGGUUCAUUGUGCAUACGCGGCUACAUAUUUUAAUUUAUGUAUAUAGAUAUACAUAUAUACACAUAUGUAUGUAUAUAAAUUUUUUUCUUAUGUGAAUUUUUCUUUCGUCUUAAAAUUGAGCAAACUCGACGAUUGUCAUGAUAAAUCUGGUUUUUAUUGCAUUUUGUGUUUUUUUUUUUAAAUUUUAUUUAUAUUAAAAUGAAAAAUAUAUUCACGUCUUCUAUGUCUCCUUCUACGUAAAGUAUAAAGUAAAUACUCGUGUCCUGUCCGAAUAAGUACGCAUAUUCUUUUGUGUUCGAUUUUCUCCUCUUUCGUAUAUUUAUUUCAUAUAUAAGUAUGUAUUUAAUCUAUUAGUUAAUUUUAGUAUUUUAAAAAUUCCCUUUGAACUUUUAUUUUUACAGGGUUUUUCUUUAUUGUUUUAUUGCAUACAUUCGUAAUAUAUUGUAUAACAAAAUUUAUAAUACGUACAUACGUAUUGUAAAUUUUUUCUAUUAACGCACUUAUAAAAAUUUUAU